UAAACCAACCUCACUUCAUUAUUUCCUCUCAUAGAAUUCAUCUUCACAUCCUGCAGCAUCCAGCCCUUCACAAUAUUCACAUUACUCCAACUCAAACAACUACUCUUCCAUUCCAUCACCAGAAAUCACAAACAUAUCGAUAUCGAUCAAGAACAAACUCCCUUUCAUGGACUUUUUGGCUACUGCUACAUACAUUACCUUCUUUCUCUCAACUCUUCUGUUAUAUUGCUUGACAAUCAAAAAAGGCCAAACUGAAACAACAGCAAAAACUACUCAAGCUCCCUCCUGGGACAAUGGGAUUACCGUAUUUCGGAGAGACUCUUCAGUUUUACUCUCAAGAUCCUAAUGUUCUGUUUGCAGCAAAACAAAAAAGGUACGGAGAUGUAUUUAAAACGCACAUCCUUGGUUGCCCUUGUGUAAUGUUGGCAAGCCCAGAGGGAGCUCGGUUUGUGCUGGUGACUCAUGCUGAUUUGUUUAAGCCUACGUACCCGAAAAGCAAGGAGAAGCUGAUUGGUCCUUCUGCACUGUUCUUUCACCAAGGACAGUAUCAUGCUCAGCUGAGGAAGCUGGUGCAGAGUUCCUUGUCUCCUGAAGCAAUCCGGAAACUGAUUCCUGAUAUUGAGGCCACAGCCAUUUCUAGUUUGGAAUUAUGCGCCAAGCAACGAGUUGCUAACACCUUUGAAGAGAUGAAGAAGUUCUCAUUUGAGGUGGGGAUUCUCUCAAUAUUUAGUCAGUUAAACAGCAGUUACAAAACUGAGUUGAAAAAAAACUACUGCAUUGUAGACAAGGGGUACAAUUCUUUUCCAACAAACUUGCCAGGGACAGCAUAUCAGAAGGCUACAAGGGCGAGGAAGAGAAUCACUCAAAUUUUGAGUGAGAUUAUCAGGGAGAGAAAGGAAAAGAAAUUGUUAGAGAAGGAUCUAUUAGGCCAUCUACUCGACUACAAAGAUGGCAAUGGGCAGUCAUUAACUGAGGACCAAAUCACGGAUAACAUCAUCGGAGUACUUUUUGCUGCCAGGGACACGACAGCCAGUGUCAUAACAUGGAUUCUGAAGUACCUCCAUGAUGACCAUACACUUCUAGAAGCUGUCAAGAAUGAGCAAAGGAUGAUAUUUGAGUCAAAUAACAGAGGCAUGCUUCCGUUAACAUGGGCUCAGAGUCGAAAUAUGCCAAUAACAUCUGGGGUCAUAUUAGAGAGCUUGAGGAUGGCAAGCAUCAUAUCUUACACCUUUAGAGAAGCAGUGGUUGAUGUCCAAUAUAAUGGGUACCUUAUACCUAAGGGCUGGAAGGUGAUGCCAUUAUUCAGGAGCAUCCACCAUAAUCCAGAGUUCUUCGCUGAUCCUCAGAAGUUCAAUUCAUCGAGAUUCAAGGUUUCUCCAAAACCCAAUACUUAUAUGCCAUUUGGAAAUGGAGUGCAUGCUUGUCCCGGAAAUGAACUUGCCAAGCUAGAGAUACUUAUUUUGAUCCACCAUCUGGUUACCAAAUAUAGGUGGGAGGUGGUUGAAUCCAACGACGCAAUUCAGUACUGUCCAUUUCCAGUCCCUCUGCAUGGACUCCCUGCCAAAUUUCGGAAAGAUCAAGGACACGAAGUGUUAAAAUAGCAGAAGAUGCCAUUAGAAUUACAAUGCAUUGCAUUAUGUAAUAGAAGUUUAUGUUUAGGCUCCCCAAUUGAUUUACAGUAAAUAAAACUAUUUCUUUACUCUCAUGAUCUACAUGUACUACAU